AGGGAUCCAGAGGCGCGUAGUGAGUGGCGGAGGACUGUGGGGGUGGCGGGCACCGGUGCCGGGAAGGGACAGGUCAGGCGGGGAGUGCGAGCGCGUACUGCCUGCGCCACUCGGGCUGGGUCAGGAGCGGCUGCCCGAGGUCCAGAGGAAGUGUGUGGACAGCGCGGCCUUCCUGGCCGGUGAGUCGGCCCCGGGUCGUGGCCGGCGAGGGGACCCUGAGCUUCACCUGGGCCAGCGCGGGCAGUGACAGGUGCGCGAAGGAGCGCGGCGCUCCGCCCUCUCGCCGACCCGCCCCCUCCGGGCCUCGCCCUCCAGGGCUCGGGAUGAGCCGCGGGCCCCAGCUGAGCGGCUCCGGCUCCAGGCGCCUGUCGCUGCUUCUGCUGUCGCCAGCGAAGAGCGGCCGCCGCCCCUGAGGGAAGGAGGGACGGAAGCAGCCGCUGACCCGUGGCAUGAGCUGGAUGCGGUGUCCGUUGCAGGACUAGGGCGCCGACAUGAACCUGCACCAGGUGCUGACCGGGGCUGUGAACCCUGGCGACCACUGCUUCUCCGUGGGCAGCAUUGGCGACCAGCGCUUCACGGCUUAUGCAUCUGGAUGUGACAUUGUAAUACUGGGAAGCGAUUUUGAAAGAUUACAGAUAAUCCCAGGAGCUAAACAUGGAAAUAUUCAAGUGGGAUGUGUAGACUGUUCAAUGCAACAAGGCAAGAUUGCAGCAUCUUAUGGAAAUGUUAUCUCCAUUUUUGAACCAGUUAACCUACCGAAACAAAAGAAAAAUUUGGAAUUAUAUAGUCAGUGGCAGAAAAGUGGCCAAUUUUUUCUGGAAUCAAUAGCACACAAUAUAACCUGGGAUCCCACAGGCAGUCGUCUUUUAACUGGUUCCAGCUAUUUGCAGCUCUGGUCCAAUACUAACUUGGAGAAGCCAACUGAAGAUGAAAAUUUAAAUAAAACAGAUCUUAACUUUGGAGAUUGGAGAUGCAUUUGGCAUUGCAAAACUGCUUCCCAAGUUCAUUUAAUGAAAUUUUCACCAGAUGGAGAAUUUUUUGCCACUGCUGGGAAGGAUGACUGUCUUUUGAAGGUAUGGUAUAAUGUAGAAAACUGGCGGACAGCUGUUACUUCUCCAGAUGGAAGUUCAGAAAAACAAUCCCAAGGAGAAAUUGACUUUUCUUUUGUGUAUCUGGCCCAUCCUCGAGCAGUAAAUGGAUUUUCCUGGCGUAAAACAAGCAAAUAUAUGCCUAGGGCUUCUGUAUGUAAUGUACUGUUGACUUGCUGCAAAGAUAAUGUGUGUCGUCUUUGGGUAGAGACAUUUUUACCAAAUGAUUGUUUGCUAUACGGCGGUGACUGCAGCCAUUGGACUGAAUCAAUUAAUUUAACAAAUAACUUCAAGAGAAAUGCUUCCAGUAAAGAACGAGUUCAAAAUGCUUUAGAAGUAAAUCUGAGACAUUUUCGUAGAGGUCGGAGGAGAUCACUUGCACUGGUAGCACAUACGGGAUAUCUGCCACAUCAGCAGGAUCCUCAUCAUGUUCACAGGAACACUCCACUGCAUGCCAAUGCACUUUGCCACUUUCAUAUUGCAGCCAGCAUCAACCCAGCCACAGACAUUCCACUUCUUCCAUCUAUUACAUCUCUGAGUCUAAAUGAAAAUGAAGAGAAGACUGGACCUUUUGUUGUACACUGGCUAAACAAUAAAGAACUGCAUUUUACUUUGUCCAUGGAAGUUUUUUUACAGCAACUUAGAAAAAGUUUUGAACAACCAUCUUCUGAAGCCAGUGUAGAAGAUUCUAAUCAGGCAGAUGUAAAAUCUGAUGAAGAAACGGAUGAUGGUGUUGAUGAUCUGAAAAUAAAUCCCGAAAAGAAGGAAUUAGGCCGUGAUAAAAUGGUACCAAACUCAAGUUUUACGUCAUUAUCGUCAGCUGCCAUUGAUCAUCAGAUUGAAGUACUUCUGUCUGAAUGGAGUAAAAAUGCAGAUAUGCUCUUUAGUAUUCAUCCCAUGGAUGGUUCUUUGCUAGUUUGGCAUGUGGAUUGGCUGGAUGAAUACCAGCCUGGUAUGUUUCGUCAAGUACAGGUGUCCUUUGUUUCCAGAAUUCCAGUAGCUUUCCCCACAGGUGAUGCAAACUCUCUCUGUAAAAGCAUAAUGAUGUAUGCCUGUACCAAGAAUGUUGACUUGGCUAUUCAGCAGGGGAAACAAAAACCUUCUGGCCUCACCCGUUCCACGUCAAUGCUUAUUUCUUCUGGUCACAAUAAAUCAUCUAAUAGUUUAAAAUUAAGUAUUUUUACCCCUAAUGUUAUGAUGAUUUCAAAACACGCUGAUGGUUCUCUGAAUCAGUGGCUGGUCAGUUUUGCCGAGGAAUCUGCUUUUUCUACUGUUCUCAGUAUUUCCCACAAAUCCAGAUAUUGUGGUCAUCGUUUUCACCUUAAUGAUUUAGCUUGCCACUCAGUAUUACCAUUAUUGCUGACAACAUCACACCAUAAUGCAUUAAGGACACCAGAUGUCGAUAACCCAAAGCAACCAUUUGAUGCUCUAAAUAUUGAAGAAUGCUCUUUGACACAACAAAAUAAAAGCGCUGUUGACGUGGCAUUUCAGGAUCCCAGUGCAGUUUACAGUGAGCUUAUUCUUUGGAGGGUUGACCCAGUUGGGCCAUUGUCUUUUUCUGGAGGAGUUUCUGAGCUCGCCCGGAUUAAUUCUCUUCAUGUUUCUGCCUUUUCCAAUGUGGCAUGGCUGCCCACUCUUAUACCCAGUUAUUGUCUGGGUGCAUACUGCAACUCUCCUAGUGCAUGCUUUGUAGCCAGUGAUGGACAAUAUCUGAGAUUAUAUGAAGCAGUUAUUGAUGCUAAGAAACUUUUAUCUGAGCUUUCUAACCCUGAAAUUUCUAAAUAUGUUGGUGAAGUCUUUAACAUCGUCAGUCAACAAUCAACAGCCAGGCCAGGAUGCAUUAUUGCAUUAGAUCCCAUUACCAAACUUCAUGGCAGAAAAACCCAACUGCUUCAUGUUUUUCAAGAAGACUUCAUUUUGAAUAACCUUGAGAAGAAAAGCCUUGGCAAAGACAGCAUUUUAUCUAAUGCAGGCAGCUUACCUAAUGGAUUUUCUGAGAAGUUCUACCUAAUUGUAAUAGAAUGCACUCAAGACAACCGUUCACUGUUACACAUGUGGAAUUUACAUCUAAAGUCAGUUCCUGUCUCAUUAGAUGAAAAAGUAGAUACAAAAUUAUCCGAAGCAGUUUGGCCCCCAGAAGAACUUUAUUCUUCUUCUCCAGAGAAGAUCCUAUCUCCUUUUUCACAAAAGUAUCAGACUUGCAGAGCAAAUCUCCAGAGUACCAGCAAGUUGACUCUGUUUUCAGAAAUGGUUUAUAGCCAAGAAUUGCAUUUACCAGAAGGAGUUGAGAUAAUAAGUAUUAAGCCAUCAGCAGGACAUCUGAGUUCAUCUUCUAUAUAUCCUGCAUGCAGUGCUCCUUAUUUAUUGGCAACUUCAUGUUCAGAUGAGAAAGUAAGAUUCUGGAGAUGCAGAGUAACAGAUGGAGAAUCUGCCACAUCAAAGAAUGGAAAAAUUGAUCUUGCAUACAUUUGGGAAGAAUGGCCAUUACUUAUUGAAGAUGGACUUCAGAGCAAUAGUAGUAUAACUGUACCUGGUAGGCCUGUAGAAGUUAGCUGUGCACAUACAAAUCGUUUAGCAGUAGCUUAUAAGCAGCCUGCAUCUAAUAGUAGAUCUUCCCAGGACUUUGUGAUGCAUGUAAGUAUUUUUGAAUGUGAGUCAACAGGAGGUUCAUGUUGGGUCCUUGAACAGACAAUUCAUUUAGAUGAGUUAAGCACAGUAUUGGAUUCUGGCAUUAGUGUUGAUAGCAAUUUAGUGGCCUAUAAUAAACAAGAGAUGUAUUUAUCUAGUAAAGAGAAUAUCACAUCAAACACAAAGCAUUUAGUUCACUUAGAUUGGAUGUCUAGAGAAGAUGGUUCUCAUAUCCUGACUGUAGGAAUUGGAUCAAAACUUUUUAUGUAUGGACCCCUGGCUGGCAAGGUACAAGACCAAACUGGUAAGGAAACCCUGGCAUUUCCUCUCUGGGAGAGUGCCAAAGUUGUGCCCCUUUCUAAAUUUGUACUAUUACGAAGUGUGGACCUGGUUUCUUCUGUAGAUGGCUCCCCACCUUUUCCUGUUUCUUUAUCGUGGGUCCGGGAUGGCAUCCUUGUGGUAGGAAUGGACUGUGAAAUGCAUGUGUAUUCCCAAUGGCAGCCAUCUUCUAAACAAGAACCUGUUAUAACAGAUUCGUACAGUGGGAGCACUCCAUCUAUAACAAGUUUAAUAAAACAGAGUAACUCCAGUUCUGGGUUACAUCCUCCAAAGAAAACUCUGACUCGAUCCAUGACCAGUCUUGCACAGAAAAUCUGUGGAAAGAAGACUGCAUUGGAUCCUUCAGUGGAUAUGGAAGAUUCAGGUCUUUUUGAAGCAGCUCAUGUACUUUCCCCGACUCUACCUCAGUAUCAUCCCUUGCAGCUUUUGGAACUCAUGGAUCUUGGUAAAGUUCGGAGAGCCAAGGCCAUCUUGUCCCAUCUUGUUAAGUGCAUUGCUGGGGAAGUUGUGGCUCUGAAUGAAGCUGAAUCUAAUCAUGAACGCCGCCUUAGGUCUCUCACAAUCAGUGCUAGUGGAAGCACUACCAGAGACCCCCAGGCAUUCAAUAAGGCUGAAAAUACAGAUUACACAGAAAUAGAUUCUGUUCCUCCACUUCCUUUAUAUGCCUUACUUGCAGCAGAUGAUGAUAGCUGUUACUCAUCUUUGGAGAAAUCUAGUAAUGAGAGUACCUUAAGUAAAUCAAACCAAUUAUCAAAAGAAAGUUAUGAUGAGCUUUUUCAGACUCAACUUCUAAUGACUGAUACUGAUAUGUUAGAGACAGACGAAGAAAAUACAAAGCCUAGAGUUAUUGACCUUUCACAAUACAGCCCGACUUACUUUGGACCUGAGCAUGCUCAGGUUCUUUCUGGCCACUUACUUCAUUCUAGUUUACCAGGACUCAGCCGGAUGGAGCAGAUGUCUUUGAUGGCCUUAGCAGAUACAAUUGCAACUACAAGCACUGAUAUUGGAGAAAGCCGAGACAGAAGCCAAGGUGGAGAAACUCUUGAUGAAUGUGGGUUAAAAUUUCUUUUGGCUGUUCGACUCCAUACCUUUCUUACAACUUCCCUUCCAGCCUAUCGAGCUCAACUCCUUCACCAAGGCCUGUCUACAAGUCAUUUUGCUUGGGCAUUUCACUCAGUAGCAGAAGAAGAACUGCUGAACAUGUUGCCAGCCAUGCAGAAAGAUGAUCCCACUUGGUCUGAACUAAGAGCUAUGGGUGUGGGGUGGUGGGUCCGGAAUACCCGCAUCUUACGCAAAUGCAUAGAAAAAGUAGCUAAAGCAGCCUUUUAUAGAAAGAAUGAUCCUUUAGAUGCUGCCAUUUUUUACCUUGCAAUGAAAAAGAAAGCUGUGAUUUGGGGAUUAUAUAGAGCUGAAAAAAACACCAGGAUGACACAGUUUUUUGGACACAAUUUUGAGGAUGAGAGGUGGCGUAAAGCAGCUUUAAAGAAUGCUUUUUCUUUGCUAGGCAAACAAAGAUUUGAACAUUCUGCAGCAUUUUUUCUUUUAGCUGGUUGCCUCAGAGAUGCAAUUGAGGUAUGUCUUGAGAAAUUGAAUGACGUUCAGUUGGCUCUUGUAAUAGCAAGACUCUAUGAGUCUGAAUUUGAUACAUCUGCAGCAUAUAAAUCUAUUUUACGUAAAAAAGUUUUGGGAAUCGAUUCUCCUGACAGUGAACUGUGUUCAUUGAACAUAAAUAUGCAUCACGAUCCUUUUCUUCGGAGCGUGGCAUAUUGGAUUUUGGAAGAUUAUAGUGGUGCUCUGGAAACAUUAAUAAAGCAACCUAUCAGAGAGAAUGAUGAUCAAGUUUUAUCAUCCUGUAAUCCUACAGUUUUUAAUUUCUACAAUUAUCUGAGAACACAUCCUCUUUUGCUGAAACGUCAUUUUGGAUCAUCUGAUACAUUUUCCACACAUAUGAGUCUAACAGGAAAAAGUGGACUGGCAGGAACAAUUAAUUUAAGUGAAAGACGAUUAUUUUUUACCACUGCCAGUGCUCAUUUAAAAGCUGGCUGCCCAAUGUUGGCUUUGGAAGUAUUAUCAAAGAUGCCUAAAGUCAUCAAGAAAACAAGACCUUUUUAUAGAGCUUCUGGUUUUCUGGAUACUAGUAAAGACUGUUCUCCUUCUUCUCCAUUAAAGUUGGAUGCAAGGGAAGAUAAGUCUUCUGCUAUUGAUUGGUCACAGUCACUGAUAAAUGGUUUUGGAUCUUCUUCAGAGGGUUCCUCAGAGAAGCAAUCAAACUCCACUCUUUCUUUUGACUGGAGCCAACCAAGUGUUGUGUUUCAGGAUGACUCUUUAGAGUUAAAAUGGGACAGUGAUAAUGAUGAAGAAGAUGAGGAUGUCCCUAUUUCAAUGAAAGAACUAAAACCUUUACAGAGAAAAACAGAUAAAAAAUUGGAUGACAUAAGUUCUAACUACACAGAAUCUUUCAGCACACUAGAUGAAAAUGACCUUUUAAAUCCAUCAGAAGAUAUAAUUGCAGUUCAGUUAAAAUUUAGAGCGUGUUUAAAGAUUCUCACAGUAGAACUUCGUACUUUAUCUACCGGCUAUGAAAUAGAUGGUGGAAAAUUGCGUUACCAACUAUACCACUGGCUUGAAAAAGAGGUGAUAGCUCUUCAGAGGACUUGUGACUUUUGCUCAGAUGCUGAAGAACUACAGUCUGCAUUUGGCAGAAAUGAAGAUGAAUUUGGAUUAAAUGAGGAUGCUGAAGAUUUGCCUCACCAAACAAAAGUGAAACAACUGAGAGAAAAUUUUCAGGAAAAAAGACAGUGGCUCUUGAAGUAUCAGUCACUUUUGAGAAUGUUUCUUAGUUACUGCAUACUUCAUGGAUCCCAUGGUGGGGGUCUUGCAUCUGUAAGAAUGGAAUUGAUUUUGCUUUUGCAAGAAUCUCAGCAGGAAACAUCAGAACCACUGUUUUCUAGCCCUCUGUCAGAGCAAACCUCAGUGCCUCUCCUCUUUGCUUGUACAGCCAAUGCCAAAACAGUAGUUGCCAAUCCAUUAUUGCACCUUAGUAAUCUGACACAUGAUAUUCUUCAUGCCAUAGUAAACUUUGAUUCACCACCCCACCCUGAUAUCCAAAGCAAUAAAGUGUAUGUAAUGCAUACUUUAGCAGCCUCACUUUCUGCUUGUAUUUAUCAGUGCCUUUGUGGUAGUCAUAACUACAGUUCAUUUCAAACAAAUCAGUUUACUGGAAUGGUAUAUCAGACAGUACUGCUUCCUCAUCGACAUUCUUUGAAAACAGGAAGCUUAGAUGAAGCAUUAACUCCCAAUACAUCACCAGCUCAAUGGCCAGGAAUAACUUGUCUAAUUCGACUUUUGAAUUCUUCUGGCGAGGAAGCCCAGUCAGGGCUUACAGUCUUGCUCUGUGAAAUUCUCACAGCAGUGUAUCUUAGUCUCUUCAUCCAUGGCCUGGCCACACAUUCAAGUAAUGAGCUAUUUCGGAUUGUGGCCCAUCCUCUAAAUGAGAAAAUGUGGUCUGCUGUAUUUGGUGGAGGUGCACAUGUUCCUAGCAAAGAACAGACACAUUCAAAAACUUUACCUGUUUCUUCACUAGUUGAAGAAGGAGAAAAACAGAACAAACGUUUUAGGCCGUCAAAAAUGUCUUGCAGAGAAUCUGCCCCACUGACCCCUUCCUCAGCACCAGUAAGCCAGGAGUCACUGGCAGUUAAAGAAAAGUUCAUCCCACCUGAGCUCAGUAUCUGGGACUAUUUCAUAGCUAAGCCUUUUCUACCCCCUUCUCAAAGUAGAGCCGAAUAUGAUUCAGAGGAGAGUCUGGGAAGUGAUGAUGAUGACGAUGAUGAUGAUGAUGAUGUUUUAGCAUCAGAUUUCCAUCUCCAGGAACAUUCUAAUUCAAAUUCAUAUAGUUGGUCCUUGAUGCGGUUGGCGAUGGUGCAAUUGGUACUCAACAAUUUGAAGACUUUUUAUCCCUUUGCAGGUCAUGAUCUUGCAGAGCUUCCAGUUAGUUCACCUCUUUGUCAUGCGGUUCUAAAAACUCUUCAAUGUUGGGAACAAGUUCUUCUCCGACGACUUGAAAUUCAUGGUGGGCCACCUCAAAAUUAUAUCGCAAGUCAUACCACCGAAGAGAGUUUGUCUGCAGGUCCUGCAAUUCUUCGCCACAAAGCUUUACUGGAACCUACAAACACUCCUUUCAAAUCCAAACACCAUCUGGCACUGUCUGUGAAGAGGCUUUGGCAGUAUUUGGUGAAGCAGGAAGAAAUUCAGGAAACCUUUAUCAAAAAUAUAUUCACAAAGAAACGGUGUCUAAAUGAGAUAGAAGCAGAUUUGGGAUAUCCUGGAGGUAAAGCAAGAAUUAUUCAUAAGGAAUCUGAUAUCAUUACUGCAUUUGCUGUUAAUAAGGCAAAUAGAAACUGCAUAGCAAUCGCUUCCAGUCAUGAUGUUCAAGAACUGGAUGUUUCUGGAAUUCUGGCCACACAGGUCUACACUUGGGUAGAUGAUGAUAUAGAAGUGGAAACCAAAGGAUCAGAAGAUUUCUUGGUUAUACAUGCUCGUGAUGAUUUAACAGCUGUUCAAGGUACAACUCCAUAUACACAUAGCAAUCCUGGCACUCCAAUCAACAUGCCAUGGCUUGGUAGUACACAGACUGGCAGAGGAGCAUCUGUGAUGAUUAAGAAAGCCAUUAAUAAUGUUAGAAGAAUGACUUCUCAUCCAACUCUUCCUUACUAUCUGACAGGAGCUCAAGAUGGAAGUGUCAGAAUGUUUGAAUGGGGCCAUUCUCAACAAAUAACCUGUUUUCGAUCUGGUGGCAAUUCAAGAGUUACAAGAAUGAGAUUUAACUAUCAGGGAAAUAAGUUUGGAAUAGUUGAUGCUGAUGGAUAUUUAAGUUUGUAUCAAACAAACUGGAAAUGUUGUCCAGUUACUGGAAGCAUGCCUAAGCCAUACCUGACUUGGCAGUGUCAUAACAAAACAGCCAAUGAUUUUGUCUUCGUUAGUUCCUCCUCUCUGAUAGCUACAGCUGGUCUUUCAACUGACAAUAGAAACGUAUGUUUGUGGGAUACUCUUGUAGCACCUGCCAAUAGUUUAGUCCAUGCAUUUACCUGCCAUGACAGUGGAGCCACAGUUUUAGCAUAUGCUCCAAAACAUCAGCUACUAAUAUCAGGUGGCAGAAAAGGUUUUACAUAUGUAUUUGACCUUUGUCAACGACAACAGAGGCAGCUUUUCCAGAGCCAUGAUUCUCCUGUUAAAGCCAUUGCUGUUGAUCCAACUGAAGAGUACUUUGUUACAGGAUCUGCCGAAGGCAAUAUAAAGAUUUGGAGUCUCUCUACCUUUGGUCUGCUCCAUACUUUUGUCAGUGAACAUGCUCGGCAGUCCAUUUUUAGAAAUAUUGGAACUGGAGUGAUGCAAAUUGAGACAGGGCCUGCAAAUCACAUUUUCUCCUGUGGAGCUGAUGGAACAAUGAAAAUGAGAAUACUGCCAGAUCAGUUUAGCCCUUUAAAUGAAGUGUUGAAAAAUGAUGUGAAAUUUAUGCUAUAACAUUUUUACAAUAAGAUGUACAAUUUAUUACCUACAUGGAAGUGGCCAACAGAUGUAAUAUACAGUGAUCAUUCUCUAUGCCACAAAUUAGCUAAUGCUUUCUUGUUUUUAUAUUUAUUUUAUGGAGCUUUGCCCUUGAUGCACUGAUGCCUUAAAAAUUAACAAGGUCAUUCAGAAGUAGAUUACAUUGCCUAAAGUAGAAUGUGUAAGUAAUGCUGUAAUAAUACAUAUCAUAGUAUAUUAUAAUCAGUAUGUCAUAGUGUUAAAGGUGUUUUGUUUUCUUAUUGAUACUUUUCCACAGGCAUCUCUGCAUGAAUUUCUUCCACAGUAAAAAUACCUUUUUUGUAAAGGCAAUUGUACAUAAUACUCAUCACUUAAUUCAUCACACUCUCACUUCCUUUAUUAGCCUUAUACAUCUCAAACUCUUCUCUUAAUUAAUGAUAGAUAUUUGAGUAAGAAUGAAAAAAAUAAUGAACAUCUUCAUUAAAAUUGUCAUUGAGACGUCAGUGAUAAAUGAGCCAGAUGGCUCAUUAUGUAAGGUUUUCAGUAGUUUACCCUCUGGAACCCAAGUUAUAUGUAUGUAUACGUGUGUGUGUGUGUGUGUGUGUGUAUCUUACACAUCUUAUUUGAACUUAGUUGUAUAUAUUAGUGAAAACUGUUUUUUCAUGUGUUUUUGUGCCAUAACAACUAUUGCCACCAGAAUAACUUUUUUUUGCAACUGUGCUUUUCAUUUUUAAAAAAUUUUUGAAUUCGCAUCCUAAUUUUCAAGUAAGUUUCAAGGAGACUGUCAGGAUUAUUAUUUUAAAGAUUAGAUUUAGUCAGAUAAGUCUUAGCAGGCAAUAAAGUUUCUGUGGUGGCAUAUAUCAUGUAAGACACUUAAAGUAAGUUUGUGAAUUUGUCAACUUUUUGAGCAUCAAACAAAUAUUUUACUUAAAUUUUAUUUUAUCUUAUUUUUAGGUGCUUUUAAUCUCAAAAUUCUGAAAAGCUAAUAGCAGUGUUUUCAGAAACAAAUGUGAAAGCAGUCAAAUUAAGUAGAUACUAUUUAGAAAUGUAAAAUACUCUCCAGAUCUACCAUUAAUAGAAAAUAAACUAAACCUUAUAUUUUAUUUUUGCCAAAAUAUUUUAUUAUAAAAUAUGACCAAAAUAUUUAAAAUGCACAAUGCUUUUAACUUAAAUGUGCUAACCCUGUUUCUGUCUGUUUUGUGCUGUACCUUUUCUGAUUCAGAAUUAUAGAAAACUUGAUAAAUACUUGAUUUUAACCAAUGAGACUACAGGCAGAUGGGACUAAGUGUUUAUGGGACAAUUAUAUACUAUUUAACUUAAAUAUAUUUUGUUUAAUAGGAGAUAUAUAAUAAUAGCAUUUUAUGUAAUAAAAUAUGGGCAACGAUUAUCUUGGAAAUUAAAGAGUCAAAGCAAGGAAAUGAAGGGCUGGUAAAAUGAAUUUUGUAAUAUCCUCAGGAUACUUUUAUCUUAAAAGUAUGUUGUUAAAGAUUUUGUAAAUUGUAUUUCAACAAUUUUAAGUGUGUUGAGCAAGUUGCAGUGAAAACACUGUCAUUAUGUAGAGAGUUUAUAUGCACAUGAUAACCUGUACCUAUAAAUUGUGCAAUAACAAUAUGUGACUGUUUUGCCAUGGAGAAAUCUGACAGCAUUGCAAACAAUAGUAUUGUUUGAUGUAGUUAACCUUAAGUUAUUUUUCAGUAAUUUCUUCACAAAUCAAGAUUCAAACAGCUUUAAACACUUCCAAUGAGAUAAAAUAUUUACUAUUAUGCUUAUUAGAACAAAAGGUGUUAAGGAUAAACUAAAUAUUUUAAUUGAGCAUUUAUAUGGAUAAUCAUACAUUAUGUAAGCCCAUAUGUAUUUACAUCCAGAGUCAUAAUAUUUUAAAUAAACAAUCAUGCAGAAACUUU